CUUUCUCUGUAUUUUUUCCACGAGACCGACCUGUCAGUCGCCGAUUACGUGACGUACCUCUACCUCGUGCGGUGUAACAUUACUCACGUCAAAUCACAGCUGAUUGUCAGUGACGUUACAAUAACACCGACUCCAUCCCUCCAUAUCGCUCUUCCAAAAAAUAACGGCCCCUUGUGCAAAAUUCAAAAGUCUUCAUCCUUCGAGGUGCUGUUCAAAAAUCUUACCCCCUGAAGCAAAACAAUUUUCAAUCGACCAAUCAGGACGAAGGGACGGAAGAUUCCUUCGUCCUGAUUGAUCGAUCCGAAGCUACUCUCGACGAGUAAAAUUUCCGAGCGCACUUCAACGUCGCGUUCAUUUGAUCGAGGAUUUAAACGGGGUUGGAAUUACGCGCUAGCUUGCGGUUAUCAGUUGGAGCAAGUAUUUUUCCAGAGGACGGAGUAAAACGAUGAAUACGUAGCGCCGCGAAUUUUCUAAUCGUCACUUUAUGUCGGGUAACUCGAGUAACUCGAAGAGAAACGUCACGUCAAGGGCCGGUUUAACCUAACCUCGGAAUAAGCGCCGCGUCUCGCGGGUAUAUGUCAGUGUCGUGAACAAGGAUCGUCCCGUCGAUGACGCAGCAUGACCGUCUGGGAGAGGCUGCGUAAUCCGUGCGGCUGGCGCGCGGGCGCGAAACAGAUCUCCGUGGACGCGAUGCUGCCGCUGCUGGUAGUGCCGACCCUGGCGGUGAUCGCCGCCCAGACCGUCCUCUGCACGACCCUCGUGUUCCUGGCCACGCCGGUCCUCGUUUACUACCUGCACCACAACUUCCUCAGGUUCCUGCUGCGCACCAAGUUCUUCCUCAUGUGGACGAUCACCAGCGUGCUGAUGCUGAUGCUGGUGUUCGAGAUGAGCGUCGUGCCGCUCCUGGAGAUCCUCCCCGAGGAGAAUCUCCUGUUUAUGGUCUGCGUGGUCGGUGGCAUAUGGUGCGGCUACAAGGCCAAGCUGAACGCGGAUCACGCGGCCCAGGAAGGCGCCGUCAACGUGCAGGGUCUGGAAUUGGGUGAGGGCAGCGGAGAACUCUGCGUCACUUGCAGGAGAAGAGCACCGCCCAAAGCUUAUCACUGCCGCUUGUGCCAGAUCUGUAUACUUAAUAGGGAAUAUCAUUGUAAAUGGUUGGACUGCUGUAUAGGCUCUAACAAUCUCAGAUGGUACUUAGGUUGUUUAUUCUUUUCUGCCAUCGCUUUCAUCUACGGUUCCAAUUUGACUAUGACCAGUGUCUGUCAUCCGUUUAUACUCAUUGGAACCAUUCUGCUACCAGAUGACUGCAGCGAUGUGUAUCAUCAGUUAGACAUCGCCCUUUGCUUCGUCUCCGCUCUCUACAGCCUCCUCGUCGGCCUAGUGCUUUUUUGUUAUCUCGUAUACCACCUAUGGCUGCUUUCCCUUGGCACAACGUCGAAUGAACGACGAUUAGAUGCCGGAAGUCAGUACGAUCAUGGAAUGUUAAAGAAUGUAUCUCGAUUAUUUUGCUGCAAAACUUAGAAGUAUUUGUAAAAGCAUCACGUCACUGGAAUGUAUUUUGCACAGUGUAUGUAUUAUACUCUGUAUGAAGAAUAUAAUUCAACAAACUAAAGAAAGGUAAGGCCAAAAAAUUUCUCACGGCGCUAAGUCAUACGUCAAUAUUGAUACAUUCAUGUAAAAUAGAGGAUAGGAAUAUAUUCAUAUCGGUUUAAUCGCACAUUUCAUCUAUUUAAUAUAUUCUAAUAUUUAUAUGUUCGCGACAAUUCAUAACUAAUGAGAAGUGCAAUAUGUACGUUCCUGUUAACAUUGUACAUGUAAGAUCAUGUUUGACAUAUCACGAAGCACCAAUUCUCAUGAGACAUCAUUAUUCUUAAUGUAUCAUUGUGCAUACCAUUUGUAUAUUUAUUGUAACUGUGAUAAAGUGGCCAUUGUAUAAGUAAUGUAAUGAAUUAUACAUAUACUAAUCGAUUACGAUGGAUACUGAACUAAGUCCAAAGUAAAAAAAAGGAUCUAAAUACAAAUGUAGAGUAUAACAAUUUACAUUUUAUUCUGUAUAAAAAAAUGCUUUAUCUUAGGUGUAGUUAGAAGAAUAAGGCUUACUCUCUAUACCUCAUUCUGAUACGAGGCCAACGAUUGUCGUACAGUAUUAAGUCUAUGUUAUCUUUAAAUUCGUUACUUUAGUCUUCUAAUAUGACGCCUCUUUGUCUAGGAUCGAAGUCCGGAAUUACUUCUUGCACUAUUUCCCGCCACGUAUUUUUUAUUCGUUCACUUUCCAAAAUAUCUGGCACUAUCCUUGGAUAUCUUUUCCACAUGUUGAAGUAUCUUGCUUUCAAUCUUUCCUCAUAAUGUUCCAAUGCUAAACGUUCAGUUUUCAAUCGCUCUGCCUUAUAUUCCAUAGUUCUUAUCUUCCACAGUUUGAAGCAUUUAUUUUGUAAUCUCAUGUCGGAAAAGUCCUUAGCCACUUGCUCUUUUCGUCUCUCCUCUCUCGCCAUUUCCUUCCAAUCUUGCAACGCGUACCACAAUAAAUUUCUGUUGUACAAUGAUACAGCUAAUUCAAUUUUAAUUUGACUUUGCCGUUCUGUUUCCAUCUUCCAUCUCACGAAUGCUUUUUUCAGUAAACAUCGUUUGUAGUGGUCCUCAGCUUUAUUUAUGUAAUUAUUCUUGAUUUCAACGAGUGCGAUGAACGGUUCCAUUAUGUAUCGUCGUAGCAAAUGCUUGCGAUAAAAUUCUUCCACCAUGGCAUUCAGUCUCUUGCAUCUUUCCAUUUCGCACAUUCGUUGCUGCUCCCGUUCCUCGCGAAUUCUCUUGGCUUCGCGCAAGGCCUGAGGACAACAAAAUCUUAAAUUAAAUGCGGGUAUAUUUCUAAAAUGUAUAAGCGAAAACGAAGUACUUUGUAAAAUAUACAAAAUAUUAUAUAUCAAUAUAUAAAGUAGCAUAUUAUAUAAUAUAUAGCAUUUAGAAAAGCGCGUGUCCCUCGCGUACAGGGAUAUAAUUUUGUCUGCGAGGUAAAAACUGUGCGAGAGCUAAAUAAGUGUAUACGAUAUACCUAGUACGAUAUUAAUAUACUUUGACCUCUCAUAUUAUCUGACCUCUUGUUGCGAUCUUCUCCUCUCUUGCUCCUCUUCUCUUCUGGCGGCUUCUACUUUCCUCUUCUCGUCCUCCAGUUUCUUCAGCCGUGCUUCUUCACGCAAUUUUAUUCUGUUUCUCCUCGCUUCCGCUCGCGCUUCCAUCCUCGCUAGAAAUCUAGGUGGACUUGGUACCCGUACAGGCGCCGUUAAAGACUUGUCCCUGUUUUAAUAAAAAAAAAUGUAAAUGUCGAAGUGUAUGGUUGUUUAAUUUGCGUGUAUCGCAGUAAAUUUAGCUUACUGUGAUAUAAAUAAUUGAACUCGAACGUAUUUUUUAAAAAUAUCUUUAAGAUUCCACUUUACAAGCCAUUGAAAAUUUGUAAUCAAUCAUGGAUUCACUUCAAUAUUGCUUGCAAUAAUAGCUUAUAGAGAGGAAGUAUCAGUAUCUUUAUACUUCAACAUAAGGAAACAUUGUACAUCUUACAUAUAAAAUGUUAAUUUAAAGAGA